AUGUCUCUAAUAUCAGCUUUUCGUCCACCGUCCACGCGCACAACGUCCAUCCGUCAGAGGUCACGACCACGUCGACGGAGAAAGACAAAUACACGCGAACAGAGCGAUUUCGACUCAGGAGAUCACGCUCAAGAGCCAGAUGCUCACUCAAUUAUUACACCCUCUAAACACACACCAAAGCCCUUUCGAAAGCUACGAGGGUCGGUGGCAGCUGGUGGCCCACUACGUCCCUUUCGCCUUGUGAAGCAAGACCUCGUUAACUUGCGUCGGAGAUAUGUUUCUGACUGGACUAUUUUCAACCAGUUGGUCUUUGCCAGCGCUGUCUAUGUCUUCUUCACUAACCUUCUGCCUGGUAUCACGUUCGCAAGUGACCUGUACGUGCUCACUGGCAAAACCUGGGGCACGAUCGAGGUCGUGUUCAGUACCGGACUUUGUGGCAUCAUAUUUUCACUGUUCUCGAUCCAACCCCUCACCAUCCUCGGCGUGACGGGUCCAUUCUCUGUCUUGGCAGAGAACAUCUAUUCGUUGUGCGAAGAUGUAUUUCGGAUACCAUUCCUCCCGUUCAUGGCUUGGUCCUUGAUCCAUUCUGCUUGGCUGCACUACCUCUUGGCAAUAAUCAAUGCGCAUGACUGGACUAUGCGAUACGUGACGACUUUUGCAACUGAAAUCUUCUCGCUCUUGAACAGUAUCAUUUACUUCCACAAAGCUAUUCAAGAACUCGAGAGAGCUCAUGACAGUCUCUCCUUCGCAGCUUUCCUCUAUGCCGUGAUAGGCGCAGUAGGCACUAUGCUACUUGCCAUCUUUCUCUCCACGGCGGAGAGCUGGCGCCCUCUAUUUCACCGUUAUAUUCGUCUCGGAUUGACUGAAUAUGCGGCCGCAAUCUCCAUCAUCAUCUUCAUUGCUUUGCCUCAUGUGGGAGAAUUGGCCAACUUGGACAAAAUGACUCUUGCCGAGAGCACUUCGUUUCGGCCAACAUCUCCAGAGCGGGAAAUCUUCUUUGUGGAAUUUUGGAAAUUGCCUAUCCAGUGGAUCUUCGGUUCCAUUGUUCCUGGUCUGAUCAUUACAAUGCUGUUCUUCUUUGACCAUGAAGUCAGCUCGAUCAUUUGCACUAUUGACCGGUACGGUACUCGCAAGCCAGGCGGGUUUGCCUGGGAUAUUGUGCUGCUAGGAACGACGACAGCACUCUGUGGGAUUCUGGGUAUCCCACCCGCGAAUGGUCUGCUCCCCCAGGCACCUUUGCACUCUGAAUCCCUGAUGCACACGGUCAAAGAAGAGAAGACUAUAAUUGUGGACGGCGAGGAGAAGAUAGAGACUCGAGAGGUCCGGCAAGUAUACGAGCAACGCUGGUCGGCUUUCCUCCAUUCUGCUGCCAUUCUACUGUUCAUCAGUCCGCCAUUCAUGAAGGUUCUUGGCUUGACUCCGACUAGUGUUCUUGCUGGUCUGUUCCUCUUUAUGGGUGAACAGAGUCUGUCCGUCAAUCCGAUAUUAUACCGGUUUUUCUACCUCCUCACUCCACCAUCAGAGCUACCACCUUUACCACAAUCGCUACACAAGGACCCUGAAGCCCACAACGUAAUGGAACCCUCAUCACGCAACCCGUCCUAUCUUCCAAUCCACCUCUACACAAUCCUACAGGUUGUAAUCACGGUUGUGAUCUUUAUUGUCACCCUCACACGUGCAGCUCCUGCGUUCCCAGUCCUGAUCAUCGCCCUCGUACCCUUCCGACUUCUAGUCAUGAAGAAAUGGUGGCCACGGGAGGUCCUCCGUUUCGUCGAUGCCUGGGCUUGCCGCGAAGGUACGCCCGAGGGUGAUGAAGAUGCCGCAAAAUUGGACGGCCUUCCAACUCAGGAGACCUCGAGUGGUGAUGGAAAUGCUACACCUGGUCGCGUGUUCCGCCACAAUACCAAUGGUGAUGACAAUGGUAGUUCUUAUCUUGGUGAAAGAAGCACCUCAAAUGCUGAUUCUAGGGCAGAUCUUGGAGACCAGACGAUAAGGCGUGCUGCUGAUGAUGUGAAUCAUGAAUGGGUGGAGCUUGAGGAGCGAGAGGUCCCUGAUGAGGAGCUAGGGCGUGAUAGAUGA